AUGUCUUACGCAAGAGAAGGAAGGUCUGUUUCGCCACGCAAUUCAGGUUCACCUGGUAGAGGCCGGCGGUCAAGAUCGUUGUCAAGGUCGCGUCGAAGUCGCUCCAGGAGCAAUGAUUCUGAUGAUGCGUUGAACCCUGGAAAUAACUUAUACGUAACUGGAUUAUCGACUAGGGUCACAAGUAGUGAUCUUGAGAAGUAUUUUAACAGUGAAGGAAAGGUUCUGGAGUGCCAUCUGGUAACAGAUCCUCGCACCAGAGAAUCUCGUGGAUUUGCUUUUGUUACCAUGGAAACCACUGAAGAUGCUAACCGUUGCAUCAAGUAUUUGAAUCGUUCGGUGCUUGAAGGACGACUGAUUACUGUGGAAAAGGCAAAAAGAAGCCGUGGUAGGACACCAACUCCUGGCAGGUAUCAGGGACUAAGAGAUAAGCGAGGUCAUGGUCGUGGCCAUAGACGGUCCCGCAGCUACUCGCCUCGAAGAUGGGAUGACAGAGACAGAUACCCUUAUUCAAGGGACCGGAGAGGAAGAUCACGCUCUCCAUAUAGUCGGCGGAGAGAUGAUUAUUCUGAUUCAUAUAAGAGGCGCAAGGAUCGCUCUCUGUCAGCUGACCGCAGCUACCGCAGAUAG